AUGUCCCCUUCAGCUACUUUUGACACAACUUCUACUGGCCACUCAAACCGUCCUAAGAUCCUCGUACCUGAAAAAGUAUCUCCAGAUGGACUGGCUUUACUAACCCCUCACUUUGACGUUGACAGCCGCAAAGGGUUAACGGCCCCCGAGCUUAUCAAUUUGAUCCCUAACUACCAUGGCCUGAUUGUUCGCUCCGAGACGCAAGUUACAGCUGAAGUCGUCCAAGCUGGACGGAAGCUGAGGGUUGUUGCUCGGGCUGGUGUUGGAGUUGAUAACAUAGAUGUCCCUGCUGCAAGCGCCCAAGGCGUUAUUGUUGUGAACUCUCCUUCAGGCAACAUCCUUGCAGCGGCAGAACACACUAUUGCACUCCUCCUUUCAACAGCUCGUAAUGUGGGCCAGGCAGACAGCAGUGUCAAGGCUGGCCGUUGGGAGCGAAGCAAGCUCGUGGGUGUUGAAGUUGGCCGUAAAACCCUCGGCAUCAUCGGUUUGGGCAAGGUUGGAAUGAAUGUCGCUCGCAUGGCCAUAGGUCUUGGUAUGACAGUCAAGGCAGUCGAUCCCUAUGCAAGCACCGACAUGGCUCGUCAAACAGGCGUUGAGCUGGUCCCUGGGUUGGAGGACCUGCUUCCUGUGGUUGACUUUCUGACCAUCCAUACGCCCCUGCUUGCUACAACGCUGGACUUAGUUGGUGAGACAGAGUUCAAAAAGAUGAAGAAGACAGCUCGUGUGCUCAAUGUUGCACGCGGCGGUGUGUAUAAUGAGGAGGCUUUGAUAAAAGCACUUGAUGAGGGAUGGAUUGCAGGGGCGGGUAUUGACGUCUGGUCCUCAGAGCCACUGGCCCCAGAUUCAGCAGCAGCCCGGCUCAGUCAACACCCCAAGGUUGUGGCGACACCUCACCUGGGAGCCUCAACGGUGGAGGCACAGGAGAACGUUUCAAUGGAUGUCUGCAAGCAGGUCCUCGAGAUUCUUCAGGGUGGACUUCCUACUAGCGCUGUCAAUGCCCCUAUUAUCAUGCCGGAAGAGUACCGUAAGCUGCAACCAUCUGUGCAGCUUGUCGAAAAGAUGGGUCGUCUCUAUACGCAGCACUUUGUGCGCAGUAAAGGAGGCAUGAUAGGGGGACGUCGAUUCGAGCUCACAUAUCACGGCGACGUGGCUGGCAUGACCAACACCAAGCCGCUGUUUGCUGCCCUUGUUAAAGGUCUCGUGUCCACGUUCAGCGACUCGCACAUCAACAUGGUCAACGCAGCACUCAUUGCCAAAGAGAAAGGCAUUGUGAUUAGUGAGACGCGUUCUGGCGAUUCGCCUUCGACUUAUGCCAACCUGGUGACACUACGUUCAUACCAGGCUGGCAGCAGUGGUAGUGAGCAGGUGAUUGAAGGCUACGCGAGUGAUGAACGAGUCUUCAUCUCCAAGCUGGACAGAUUCAAUGGUGUGUUUACACCGGAGGGAACCUUAAUUAUACUGCACAACUAUGAUGAGCCUGGCAAGAUCGGGGGAGUAGGGAUGGUUUUAGGUCAGCAUGGGAUUAACAUCAAGUUCAUGCAAGUGGCCAGUCUGGAUCCCGAAGCUACUAAAGGAGCCGAUACCCCGCCUGACCCGAAAGGCAACGAGGCAUUGAUGAUUCUUGGUGUUCUCGGGCCAGUGAGUGGUGAGGUCUUGGAGGACUUGAAUAACUCCCCAGGAGUUCUUGAUGUUGGACUGGUCAAGCUAUGA